CGUCGUCGAUAUGCACUUUUAGUAUCAGUCGCAGUUCACUGUUUUACACAUCAACAACGUAAACAAAAAAUAACAAAAAUGUUCAAAUUCAACGCCAUCCUCGCUGCCGUCUGCCUAUUCGCUGCCGCCACAACCGUCAGUGCUGGUCUCAUUGAAGCCCACCAUGUGGUCCAUGAACCUGUAUUGGCCAAAGUUGGUUCGGUGGUGCACAGCGCUCCUUCGGCCGUUUCUCAUCAGAGUAUCACUCAGGUGCACAGCAAAUCCGUAGUUCAGCCCGUCCUCGCUCAUGCCGUCAAGACCACUAUCCACGCUGCUCCCGUUGUUCCCGUGGUGCAUGCCGCUCCGGUCGUACACAGCGUUCCAUUGGUGCACUCUGUGCCUGUGGUGCAUGCUGCUCCUGUUGUGAAGAGUAUUGUUUCUGCCCCAUUGGCCUAUACGCUGCAUCAUCAUUAAGAUAAAAAGUUUGACAGAAUAACAAAUUGUCUUUAUUUAUGCGAAACAGAAAUAAAAAAUAAAUAUUUGU